UCAUCUCUAGCUGCCAUUUCCAGCUCGUGUGGCCAAACAGAAAAUACCGAAAUUUCAUUCAUAAUUAAAUUUAUUUUUCUUGUUGUGAACGAAAAUUGUACAGCGGCCCACGGUGACAUACUUUGUCGUGAUUGUCCGGUGGGCCCUGUCGAACUAAUUCAAAAGUCGGCAAUAAUAUAAAACAAAGCAAAUAAUUGUGUUAUCGAUACCUAAACAACAUCUUGUGGCGAUAUCAGGAAUAUCGAUAAAUUGAUACUUCUAUUCAUCUAUUCCUAUAUUUUUAUAUUAUCAACAACCCUGCCGGCCCACGAUGGACCUGGAUAUGUCGGAUACAAUUGAGUUCGUUUUACCCUCCAGGGGCGAAUAUUCUGACGAGGAUGAUGGUGGCGUCGUAAGUGGAUCCCGGGUUGUUGGCGUAGGUGGUGUAGGGGUCGUGGAUAGCGAUGAUGCCACUACCUACGUGGUUUUGGACGGGCUGGGCAACGAGUACGACGAGGAGUUCCUAAUAAUUAGCGAGGACGGCGUCGAUGGCGAUCUUCUUGUGGAUGAAAUGCAGCUACAGCAGUUCGAAAGUUGCCAAGAGCUGCUGGUCGCCGGGUCCCCGCGGAUGCCCGUUCCCGGCGACCAGCAUUUUCAAUACCACCCAGACGACCUGGACGAGCAAUUUGUGGUGACCGAAAUGUCUGAAGUGGAUGAGCUAGUAGAAGUGGAUCAGGAUGACUUCGGUCUCGAGUAUAGCUCACAGCUUCCCGAAGAAUACGAGGACGAGGAGGAGGAAGAGGAAGAGGAGUUUCCUUCGCCAUCGCUAUCUCCGCCGCCAGUUAAGCCGCCUGCAACGAAACCUCAACCCGCACUGCAAAUCAGCCGUCGCAGUUUCACUGGACACGAUGAAGAGGAGGAGUUAAAGCACGAAGUGAAGCCUAGCGACAAGAUGCUAGAGGAGUUUAAGGGCCCGCGACGCUACCUCCUUUUCGAUGACCUGGUAGCCACUAUUGUGGAUUUUGACGACGAGAACACACCCAUCGUCGAAUUCUCAAUGAUCAGCAGUAUCCUGGAUGAGAAGUUGCCGGUAGAGUGUGGAAUCUGUCCCGAUGUGAUGCACAAGUCCAAGCUUUCCAAACAUCAGAAGACUCACCUGGUGGCGGGGACGAACCGCUAUGCAUGCAUGUACUGCUCGGAGACGUACCGUGACUGCAAGUACCUUGCCGGACACGCUCGUCGCCACAUGGGCAUCCGGCCGUACGUGUGUGAGGUGUGUAAGCUGUACUUCUCCACCAAGCAGGACCUGCGUGUCCACAACCAGCGUCGUCAUCUCGAGAAGGAGCACAUCUGCGAGAUGUGUGGCAAGACGUUCGCCCAGAACACGCAGUUAAAGCGUCACCGGGAGACGACGCACGAGAAGAAACGCCGCUACCAGUGUCAGUAUUGCCACAAGGCCUACUACAAGAACUUCUCGCUGCAGGAGCACAUCCGCAACGUUCACAUGGGCAUGAGGCGCAUGCUGAAGUGCCCGUUCUGUGGCAUGCAGUGUCGCGACGCUCACAAGAUGGCCCGUCACCGCAAGGAGAUGCAUCUGAGUCAGGGUUCCUAUGUGUGCCACCUAUGCCACGAAGAGUUCACCGACAUCAACUACUUCGAUGCCCACAAGAGGUCCAUUCAGUGUCGCAGCAACACCCGUCGCCUGGUAGGCGACGAAGAUCCCGACGUAGAUGCUCCGGGCUUGUUACCGGGUUCAGUUACCGGCGAUAUGCCGGGCGAAGCCGCCCCCUUGGGCCUGUUGGAUGACGAGGAGCUGGUUGAGGAUGCGGGUCUGUUGGUGGACGAUGGCCAGCCCCAGCAAGAGGUUCAGCACUAUCUGUCCACGGUAGAGGGGGAACCGCACUAUGUUCAGAUAUCAGACUACGACGACCAGCGCCUUCUGGUCGAAAACGUGGUAAUUAAGGAGGAUAUCGACGAUGAGGUGGGGGAGGAGCUGCUCACGGAGGAGCAAUACAUCCAGGCUGUGCAACAGCAGCAACUCCAGCUGCAGCAAAAUCCCAACCAGAGUCACCAUUUUAACGACGAGCUGAUAUAUGAAAUCACCCUUAAGACUGAGGAUAACUAAGUGCGGCUCCCCAUUCCCGAAACCCCCUUCCCUUCCAUAAUUUUGGCUCUGAGCUCUAAAUAGGUUCAAUUCGAUUGCGUUCAAUUGCGUACUAUGUAAACAAUACAUUAUAAACAAUUAUAUACAUACAUAUAACAUAUA